GGGCAGCAGAGCGCGAGAGCGAGCGUGAGGGAGUCAUUUCUAAAAUAAUAAUAAAAAACAAUUAACGAAAAUGCAAAUUACAUUAUUACAGUUUAUUUCGGCUGCAUUAUUGGCACUGGCAACCAAUGCUGAAGUUUACUUAAAAGAGCAGUUUCUGGACGGAGAUGCCUGGAAGAGUCGAUGGGUGAAUUCAGAGCACAAAUCUGACUAUGGGCAGUUUAAACUGACCGCUGGAAACUUCUAUGGAGACGCUGAGAAAGAUAAAGGCCUGCAGACCAGUCAGGAUGCCCGUUUCUACGCCACCUCUGCCCGCUUCGAGCCCUUUAGCAAUGAGGGCAAAACACUGGUGAUCCAGUUUACGGUUAAACACGAGCAGAAGAUCGACUGCGGAGGCGGAUAUGUGAAAGUCUUCCCAGCUGAUCUCAACCAGGCGGACAUGCACGGCGACUCCCAGUAUUACAUCAUGUUUGGGCCUGAUAUCUGUGGCUACAGCACUAAAAAGGUUCAUGUCAUCUUCAACUAUAAGGGCCAGAACCACCUCAUCAAGAAAGAUAUCAAAUGCAAGGAUGAUGAACUGACUCACCUGUACACAUUGAUCUUGAACCCGGAUCAGACGUACGAGGUGAAGAUUGACAAUGAGAAGGUAGAGUCUGGCUCUCUGGAGGAGGACUGGGAUUUCUUGCCCCCAAAGAAGAUUAAAGACCCCGAAGCCAAAAAACCAGAGGACUGGGACGACCGGGCCAAGAUUGAUGAUGAGACCGACACCAAACCUGAGGACUGGGAUAAGCCUGAGAAUAUCCCCGAUCCUGAUGCUAAGAAGCCAGAAGACUGGGAUGAGGAUAUGGAUGGAGAGUGGGAGCCUGCCAUGAUCCCUAACCCCGAGUACAAGGGCGAGUGGAAACCCAAACAGAUCGAUAACCCAAACUACAAGGGCGCAUGGGUGCAUCCUGAAAUCGACAACCCAGAACACAUUGCUGAUGACCAGAUCUACAAAUUCGACAAUAUUGGAGUCCUUGGGCUGGAUCUCUGGCAGGUGAAGUCUGGCACCAUUUUUGACAACAUCUUCAUCUCCGAUGAUGUGAAAGAAGCUGAGGAAUUUGGAAAUGAAACGUGGGGCGCUACAAAGGGCCCUGAGAAGAAAAUGAAGGAGGAACAGGAAGAGAAGAAACGCAAAGAGGAAGAGGAAAAGAACAAGGAGCAGAACACAGAAGCAGCAGAUGAGGAAGAGGAAGAUGAAGGAGAGGAGGAAGAGGAAGAAGACGAGACUGAAGAGCCUCAGGAGGACGAAGGAGACGAGGAUGUGCUUCAGAAAGACGAACUGUAAAGCAGGAAUCCAUUUUUGUCCAUAUUCCACAUUAUACCAGGGACGCGACUGCAGUGCAUUCAUUCAAAACAACACAUUCAGACUGAAUGGGAACCAAUGGAGCUUCUCAGCCCAUGCGUUUAAUUAGUGACCUUUGACCCCUAAAUAGCCAGUUAAAGAGACAGUUCACUCAAAAAAUGAAAAGUGUCAUUAUUUAUUCCUCCUCCAUUUGUUCCAAACCAAAGUUUCUUUCUUCUGUUGAACACAAAAUAAGAUAUUCUAUAGUAUAUUUAAUUAUAAUUAGUAAUCGUAAUUGGUAGAAUAGUAUUUUUUUCAUCCUACUAUGGAAGUCAAUGGGUGCCAGCAACCAGCAUUCUUCAAAAUAUCUUCCUUUGUGUUCAACUAAAGAAAGAAAGUUUAGAUUUUUGGGUGAACUCUCCCUUUAAAUACCUUGUUUUUAUUUGUUUGUUUGGAAGUUCUCAGCUCAUGCAUUUAAUUAGUAACCUUUGACCCCUAAAUAGCCAGUUAAAGAGACAGUUCGCCCCCCCCAAAAAAUAAUAAUUCUGUCCCUCAUUUAUUCAUCCUUGACUUGUUCCAAACCUGUUUGAGUUUUGUUGAACACACAAUAAGAUAUGCUGAAGAAUAAUGUAUUUCAUUAUAAUUAGUUGCACAACUAUGGAAGUCAAUAGGUGCCAGCAACCAGCAUUCUUCAAAAUAUCUUCCUUUGUGUUCAACAGUAUAAAGAAACUCAGUUUAGGACCACUCGAGUGAGUAAAUGGUGAGAAUUUGUGGGUGAACUGAAAGUUUUCAGCCCAUGCAUUUAAUUAGUGACCCCUAAACAGCCAGUUAAAGAGACAGUUCACCCCCAAAAUGGAAAUUAUGCCAUCAUUUAUUCAUCAUUUAGUUUCUUACUUCUUUUGAACACAAAAUGAGAUAUACUGAAGGCUACUAUAUUUUUAUUAGCAGUAGUAAUUAUAAUUAGUUGCAUAAUAAUAAUCUUUUUUCCUACAAUGUAAGUCAGUGGGUGCCAGCAGCCGGUUUUCUUUAAAAUAUCUUCCUUUGUGUUCAACAGAAUAAAGAAGUUCAUAAAAUGUGUAAUUUUUGGGUGAACUUUCCCUUUAAAUACCUUGUUUUUGUUUCUUUGUUUGGAAGAUCUCAGCCCAUGCAUUUAAUGUGUGGCCUUUGACCCUUAAAUAGCCAGUUAAAGGGACGGUUCACCCCCAAAAAUGUAAUCCUUCACUUGUUUCAAACCUGUUUGUAAGUCUUUCUUCUGUUGAACACAAAGGAAGAUAUUGUGAAGAAUGUUGGAAUGACUUCCGUAGUAUUUUUGGUUCCCUCUAUGGAUGUCAAUUAAUUCUUUAGCAUUCAUGGGAAUAUCUUAUUUUGUGUUUAACAGAAUAAAACGGUUAGAACCACUUGAGGGAGUAAAUUAGGAGAACGUUUGUAUUUAGGUGAGAACUGUUCCUUUUUGUUUGUUUGUUUGUUUUUGAGGAGUGUUUCUUUAUGGUACCGGGGUCCGAUAUGUAAAACACCUUUUGAGAACUGGUCUAUGAUCAGUUUAUUGUGCCUUUUGUGUAUGCAAAAUAGUUGUUUGUGUCCGUUUGAAGGAAUUAGAUUAGAUUUACAGAAGCCUGUACCAGGAAACUGGAUUAGCGUUAUAGCCAGUUCAGUUUCAGUUUAGUUUGCACCAACUCUGGGUUGUAAGUACCAUGAAGGGACCUCAACUUCUACAUAAUACCAUGCCAAAAAAGGAGCACUCAAAUUGCUUUUGCUCUUUGUUCAAACUACUUAUUUAAUGAGUCGAAUCAACGCAAGUUUUUUUUCCAGACUUUAUUGUUUUAUAGUUAAUCCACUUAAAUUUAUAAAAACGAUUAAGUUAAUUUAAGCGAUUUGUGUUGGGACAAAGUCGAGUUGCCUUAAAGGGAAGGUCCAUCUAAAACAACGUCAUUUACUCACUGUUUACUUGUUUCAAACCUUUUUUUUCCACAAAAGAAGAUAUUCUGAAGAAAGCUGAAAACCGCUAACAUUGACUUUCAUAGUAGGAAAACGGUUAUUAUGAAAGGCAAUGGUUACAGCUUUCCAACAUUCUUCACAAUAUCUUCUUUUGUAAAUGAGAGAGUAAAUAAUGAGUACAUUUUCUUUUUUGUGUGUGAACUAUCCCUUUAAUGUUACCUAAAACUCAAGAUUGGUGCAAAUUAAACUGAAAUUUAACUGGCUAAUCCAGCUUAAUCCAGGCCACAGAUGUACUAUAUAAGGUUACCAGGUUAUUGCACAGCUUCAAUAGUUAAUUCUCCAUAUUGCAAAUUGCAAUGAAAAGGAAUAGAAGAGGAGAUUUUCAUCAUGUUGUUGUUAUUGAGAAGAGAAUAAUCAGAUUGCAGGCUGGGCUCCAAACUAUGGACCUCAUUUCUGAAACAUAAACAGAAUACAGUAGUUUGUGUGUAAAUUGUUAACGAAUGAGAUUCUAGAAAAACACAAUCUCCGCUUGUGUUUUUGUGAACGAGGACCGGUUAAUGUUUGUACUGUAGUGCAAAAUUUACAGUGACACAAUGCUCCUUUGGCACUGAUGAUUUGCAUUUUAGGUUUCAGUUUUUGUUCUGUUUCCACAAGUUAUGUGCUGUGGUUGUUCUUAAUGUCCUAAAUGAGAUAUUCAGUACAAUUCCUUUUAUUUUCCAGCUUUAUUUAUUAUAACAGAAAUGUUUUUUGUUUUACCGUACACCUUUUCAGUGGCAGUAACUUUUGCCAUGUCCAUAUUGUGGUUACUUGAAAAUAAAUGAGCUACAGUAAGGGAUGUGGUAAUGUUUGCGUUUAAAUAAACUUGUCUACACACUGUGAAGUAAGUCCCCGGUGUUCAAAUUGGAUUUCUUGUCAAAUUGCAAAAUCUUGUUUUUGAGAUGUUCAACCACCUUUUUACAUGCCGAGAGUUGUAAUUAAUGCCAAAGUUUUAAUAAAUAACUUUAUUGUA